GGACAAUCACACACACACACACUCACACGCUCUCACACACACUCCACUUCACUCUGCACUCCAACAGGUCCGCACGCACACACACACACACCACCAGCAGCAGCAGCCGAGAAGAGCCGAGAAGAGAAGAGAAGAGAAGAGAAGAGAAGAGAAGAGAAGAGAAGAGAAGAGAAGAGAAGAGAAGAGAAGAGAAGAGAAGAGAAGAGAAGAGAAGAGAAGAGAAGAGAAAACAGAGAGGAGAGCAGACAGACAGCUGUUGGACUUAGCAUUGGGAUUAUUUUUGCCUGACAACCUGCCGCUGACCGGGAGCCUCCAAGGGAGUCAGUACAAGAGCGUCCCUCAGGGUGGAGAAUGGGGGCGUGUGGAGAGGUCAGAGGUCAACCUUGGGGCCUGGUGGCUCUGUUGCUGCUCAUGUGUUGGGGGUCGCUUCUAGGUGUGGAUGGAGCCGACGCAACCUGGAGGUGGAACCAGUUCGUAACCUCAGAGAACUCGGAUGUGCCCGACCCUCCACAGUACGUCACAAAAUUGAACAAUGACAUAUUCAACCUAGAGAAGCAUAAAUAUAUCAUUGAGGGAGAAGGAGUCGGAGAUAUCUUCACAGUCCAAGAUGCUGGAGACAUCUACGUCAUCGGUUUGCUAGACCGGGAAACCAAAAGCCAGUAUCAUCUAACAGCCAGAAUGGUGGACAAGUUACACAAUGGGCAAAACGUGGUGGCCCCUGCACCUUUCACCAUCUCUAUCGGCGAUAUUAAUGACAACGAUCCAGUCUUCAACGGGCCCUAUGAAGCCUCUGUACAAGAAAUGUCCACCACGGGGACGGAGGUGAUGGUUAUCAAUGCCACUGAUGCGGACGACGGCAACACAGAGAAUGGAAGGAUCCGUUUUACUUUGUUGAACGGAACCGAGUUCUUUACCAUCAUUGAAAGGGGGCAAGGAAGUGGUACUAUCAAGACAAAGGUCUCCAAUCUGGAUCGAGAGACCACCCCAGAGUACAAGAUCCUGGUUCAAGCGAGUGAUGGUGGCAAAAACGCUGUUCACUCAGUACAAACUGUUGUCACCAUAAGAAUCAAAGACAUCAACGAUAACAUGUCAACGUUUAAAGACGCUAAUUACCGCUUCACUGUGCCUGAAGACGUGAGCGUGCACUCCAUCAUCGGUCAUCUUCAGAUUGAGGACAAGGACACGAAGGACAACAAGAACCCCAUAUUCAAGAUCGACGCUCCGCAAAUCAACAACCUGCUGGAAAUCAAACUGAACAAAGAGAAGAAUGGAGAACUUUUCCUGAAACAGGCUCUGGAUUAUGAGACACAGUCCAGCUACAGCUUCCCUAUCUCCGUGACGGAGAACAUCGUCCCAAAUGUGCCCCAGAACCCGAGGGCCAUUCAGAAAGCGAACGUCGUGAUCAUCGUCACCGAUGUGGACGAGGCGCCGGUGUUUGACAAGGCGGAAUAUAACAUACAGGUGGAGGAGGAGAAAUUCCCCUUCGUCUUUCGAGAGGUCAUCAAGGCAAGGGAUCCAGACACGGCCAACCUCCCCAUCAGGUACUCCGUUGAGGAGAGCUGUCCCAUUGCCAUCGACCCGAAAGAGGGAGUUUUGUCUCUGAGAGUGAAGUUGGACAGAGAAUACAAACCUCUUCACAAGUGCCAGGUCACGGCUGCGGAGACACUACCAGGAGGCGGAGAAGGUCUGAAGUCCCAUGUGCUCCUCAACCUGGAUGUCCUGGAUAUAAAUGACCACGCCCCCAAGCUGUCUACUGAGGAAGUGGAUGUGUGUGAAUCUGAUAAACCUGGGACGAUUGUUGCCACCCUGGGUGCCAUUGACAAUGAUGAAAUGAGCAAGACGUUCACCUUCAGAUUGGCAAAGCCGAGCUCCAACUUCUCCCUGUCAGACACCAAUAACGGCACGGCGAUCCUGCGUGUGAAGCAGGGUGGCUUCCGGACGGAGGACUCGAGCGACCACGUGCUGGAGGUGGAGGUGGCCGACGGGCGUAGCGGCGGCCCGGGCGUGCUGAAGAGCGUGGAGCGCCUGCGCAUCAAGGUGUGCACCUGCGGCGCCGACCGCACGCCCGAGUACUGCAGGCCGCACCGCCGGGCGGUGGGCGUCAGCAUGCACGCCCUCAUCACCAUCCUGCUCUGCAUCGUCACCAUACUCGUGAUCGUGAUCCUGCUGGUCCUGCGUCAGCGCUACCGUAAGGACUCCCUGGUGGCGCUGGGCAAGUCCUCCGCGGGCAGCGAGAUCCACGAGCAGCUGGUGACAUACGACGAGGAGGGCGGCGGCGAGAUGGACACCAACGGCUACGACGUGUCCAUCCUGACGUCCGCGCGGCACGACGGCUCGCUGCAGCUGCCCUCGCACACGCCCACGCCCGGCGUCUACGCCCGCGUCAACAAGCAGCCGCCGCUCGCGCUCGGCGCCGCCAAGGGAGACAUGGCCGCCAUGAUCGAGGUGAAGAAGGACGAGGCGGACCACGAUCGCGACGGGGGCCCCUACGACACCCUCCACAUCUACGGCUACGAGGGGCCCGGCUCGCUCGCCGGCAGCCUCAGCUCGCUCGAGUCCGACUCGUCCGGCGCCGACAGCGAGGAUUACGACUUCCUGUCGGAGUGGGGACCUCGCUUCAGGACCCUCGCCGAGCUGUACGGCGUGGACGGAUACGCAGGGGGGUUGCCCUACUAGAGGGGGCCCCCCUGAUGUGUGGAGGGAGGGGUUCGGCCGGCCUUCUCUGCCGAAUGGGCACUCCUCCUGAAGGGAUCUGGGUGUACUGUAGGGUGGACUCCCUUUUCUAAAGGGCCGACAUGUGGGAGUGGCGCUGGACAUACUGAGGGGAUGUCUGGGGGGGACCUUGCCAUACUGUUGGGUAUUACUGAUGGGGGAGGGUGACCUCGUCCUCCAAAGAGGGCUGAUUUGAGGGGGAGUACACCUACCUACCAUAGGGCCUUAGUUGUGGGGGGAGUGCACCUAUAGUAUUGGGCCUAUAGGGAUAUUUGAGGAAAGCUUGCUCUGCUGGUGGCUCUAAUGUUCUGAAGGGAGCCCUACUCGCACUACUUUAAGGCCCUUUUUUGUGCCAUGCUUUCUAAUGUUCUGGCGCAAUGACCUUAAAAAACAUCUGCCAUCUUGUGUUUAGGACCACCAAAAGACUUGUGACCUUAUGGAAAGGGAAGUCUCCAGAAUCAUAUUCCUGGAACUGGAAAACUUUCUGGAAUCAUUUUUGUUUGUUUGUUUGUUUAUUUUUUUGUUCGUCUGUUUGUAAUGUGCCAAUGCAAUUUAGUGGGUUUUCAUUCAUUUUGAUGGGACAAACAACCCGUUUGUCAGCACUGACAGUGUUAUUUGAUAUUUUUUAUCUUUAAAUAUCUUGGCCUAUUUGGGUCUGUUUUUUGUACAUUUGUAAUGACAUACAUAUAUGUGCAAACUAAGAACAAUGGACAUCAAUGGAUCAUGUCUACUAUUUGUUUUUCCUUUUAAGUCGCAACAAUAUUUCUGUUUUAUUUAAAAAUGACUGAGUGCCUAAAGUGGAAGGUAGCAAAGGCAGCCAAUUUAAAGGCUUGUCUUGGCACACACUUGGCAAAAGUAUCAACAACAAAAAACAUCAGAAUUUCUAUUUGGAUAAUGAGUUGAUUUACAGCAAUUGCGAGAGAGUUUGUCAGUGAAACAGCUCUCUGAGAAAGCAGCUCCAUUUGAAAAAAAUGAGACAUCAACCACUGCCAUGCCAGCCAAUGUGGUGGAUUAAGUUGGCUUUCGUUUCGCGAGACACAGAAUAUGCUUGCUAUUGUCCAGAGACCAGCGCAGGAAGCAGCGAGAGCAAGGCUCUGACAGAAUUAAGGCCUAUUCACGCUUUAUUUGACAGGACUCAUCAUCACAUCGAUUGUUGUGUGCUGGGCUGGAAAUCUCCAAGGUCCACGGAUAUAAAAAUACUACAAGCUUCUCAGGAAGCAUCGUAGGCGAACAAGGCCUCUAGUUGACAUCUGAAUAACUCUAACCUUUCAUCCCUGUGUGAGUCUGUAACUGCUAAAUAUAAGACAGCUGCUUCUGUUAUUUAUAAAUCGAAGCGGUCAGGCCCAAUUACAAUAAUUACACAGAGAGCGAGACCAAAAAUGUAUGACUCUUGAUUCUCGAUUCUGAUUGGGCACCGGUGUAUGAAGGAUUACAACCAUACCUGUUCAAUUCCACAAAGCUCGUGGAGACAGUCUGGGUGUCAUUUACUCCUCAAAAUUUUGAUUUCAUUCACUUCCAAUUCUCAUUUCAUUAUUUGUCUUUGUUGUCUGUUGGCUGAUGAUUUCCUUAAAUGCAAACAAAAUUGUUCAGCUACUUGCGGUAAAGCAGUCCAAAGUAAACCAUCGGCACAAUAUGUGGAAGCCACCGGUGCCCCCUUCCUGUUAGCCUCCUCUCGCUAAACGCUACGCUAACAUCCACUAAUGAAUCUUAGCCCCUGCUCAACAACCCCAGCACACCAGCACCCCCCCUCCAGCUUCCUUCACAUAUGUGCUUCAGGAAACUGACUUCCUGUCCCAUUAUCUUCGAGGCAGGGACACAUUGUGAGGCACUUCCUGUUUUCUUUACACGUCUGGGGAAAGAAUCUUGGGAGCAGAGGGCAACAGGAACAGUAGCUCUGGCCGCCAUCUUAGGGUCCUCUCUCUCUGGGCUGAAGUUCAAGCACAGAUCUGAAUGACUAGCUUCGACAUCACCCACUGAUUACUGAUUACAGAACCAGUGUUGCCAAAUGGAAAAUGCUAAACUAUCGUACCAAAACCUCAAAAUUUUUGGGGGCUUUUUUGGGAGGAAUUUAUCUUACAGUAACCAAAUGGUUGUUUUAAGGCAACUAAAUGAACUGAAUAAAAUUCAUCGAAUUUAUCGUACACAGGACAAUAUGGACAAAAUUAUGGUACAUAUUCGACAAUUAUCGUACAUCUGGCAACACUGUCCGGAACACACAGCGUUUCCAAACCAUUCAAAUCCAUAAUGCACUGAAACCAGUAGAGAAAACUUUUUUUUUUUUUAAAACAUAUUUUAGGUUUAACAUGUAGGCCUAUUAUAUAUGAAACUGUAAGAAAACUGAUAACGCGGAAGGUUUGUUCAUUUAUUCACAACUUCUAUCUUUUUUACCUUCCACUGUCCAAAUUGGAGAUGGCAUUCCGCUAUGCAGGCCUAUUUCCACGUUAGCCAGCUGCUCGCAUUGCUGUUUAUCAACCAGUAAGAAUCAACCAUUCCAUAUUAAAAGAGAGGAACAACUCGAUCACUUAAUUAAUUAAUUAAUCAAUUAUAAUUAUAACUUCCACAACAUAUUCCAAAAUGGUGAACUCUGUCAUUUUUUUUUCUCCAUUUCUUUAAACACAAACACACCGUAUUUAUCUGUGUUGAAGUCUGUCUGCAAAAUCUGCCGACUGCCGACUUUUGAGUAUUUUCUACUAUACUUGACGAUAUCUACUGAGAUAUAUGACUUACAGUGGGCCAAAGGGUGUGGGGUUUAUUCAUGUGUGUGUGUGUGUGUGUGUGUGUGUGUGUGUG